AAAAAAUGUACGUAAAACUCUUUCCGGUCAAAAAAGAAGACACUAAACAGAUUCUUCAAACGAAAAUAAUUUUAAUAAGAAUAUGACCAAUCAAGUAUUGAGACGCCAUGCUCUGCGACUUGGACGUUCAAUUGUAUCGCUGAACAGACAGAUCAGUUAUUGUUCACAAAAAGUGAAAUUAUUUCAGAUGUCAGAAACAGUUCAAAAGUCAUCACAAUGUGCAUUUCUAGAUUUUUCACGACAUAUGUCAACAGAACCAAAGUUUGAAGCAUUUAAUGUACAGGAUACAGAUGAUUUUAAACACAGAGUUCUGGAAAGUUCUACACCAGUAAUAGUAGAUUUCCAUGCAACUUGGUGUGGACCCUGUAAAUUGUUAGGUCCUAGGCUUGAGUCCAUUAUAGCAUCUAGUGCAGGAAAAGUGCAUUUAGCCAAAGUAGAUGUUGAUGACAAUGCAGAAAUAGCUAUGGAUUAUAAAGUGCAGUCAGUUCCAACAGUUUUAGGAAUUAGAAAUGGGAAAGUUCUUGACCAGUUUAUUGGACUACAGGAUGAUGAUCAAAUCAAAACAUUUGUAGAGAAAUUAGUUAACUAAUCCAAUGUGAUAACAGAUAAACAGUAACAGAAUUGUAAUAUUGUCACAGAUAUACAUACAGAAUUAAUUGGAUCACAGCCCUGGUUUUAAGCACUGUAUGAAGUAUAUUGUCUUUAUGCUUGAAAUUUAUUGAGUCUAUUUCUUAAAAAAAGCACCAAAAACUAUAGACCUUAUAUCUAAUUUUCUUCCAUUGCUAGACAUUUCUGAAGUUUCUGUAAAAUUGUGACUUCAAGUUCAUUUCAACAAAAAUGAAUAUUUCUUGUUAUGUCAAGUGAAUCAGUCUGAAAUUUAUAUUUUAUCUAAGCCAAGGUCAUUUCUACAAAGGUCAAUAUUUCUUGUAAUGUUAAGUGAGUUGAUAAACAUUUAAAGUACACAUAAGUCAAGGUCAUAUCUAAAAAGGUCAUUGUUUUUAGUGAUAUUGUGUUAUCAGUCUGAAAUUUAUAGUAUAACACUUAGCCAAGGUCAUUUGUACAAAAGUGAAUUUUUCUUGUGAUGUCGAGUGAAUCAGUCUGAAAAUUAUAGUACAUCUAAGCAAUGGCCAUUCAUACAUAGAGUGUAGUGAUUAAUGAAUUCAGAGGCGGAUUUUUUUUUGGGGGGGGGGGGG